GAACCCUGCCACCUCUUCGCCUGCACGCGCCGCCGAAGCACGACGCACCCCGCCUCCGCCUCGCUCUCAGCUCGAAGCCGCCGGCGUCCUCCUCCCGCCGCCUCCUGCAACGGCGCCGUGUGUAGAUCCAUCCGGAUUCGCCGGUGAUCCAAAAGGGGUGGAGCAACCAUGCCCAAGGUUAAGAAUCCGCAUGUUUUCUUGGACAUAUCGAUCGGUGGACAAAGCGCCGUGAGGAUCACGUGCGAGCUCUUUUUUAAUGUAGUCCCAAAGACUGCAGAGAACUUCCGAGCUCUUUGUACUGGUGAAAGAGGCCUUGGUGCAUCUACACAGAAACCACUUUAUUUUAAGGGAACGAACAUCCAUCGCAUCGUUAAAGGGUUUGUUGCUCAGGGUGGUGACUUUUCAAGUGGAGAUGGACGUGGUGGAGAGAGCAUAUAUGGUGGAAAAUUUCCAGAUGAAAACUUCAGGCUAAUGCAUGAUCAGCCUGGUGUCCUAUCCAUGGCAAAUUCUGGGCCAGACAGCAAUGGAUCCCAAUUUUUUAUAACAUUCAAGCCCUUACCUCAUCUUGAUGGCAAGCAUGUGGUCUUUGGGAAGGUAGUCAGUGGAAUAGCUUUGCUUAAGAAGCUGGAAGCGGUAGGUUCUGUUGAAAGUGGAAAGCCUUCUUGUCAAGUGAAAAUAGUAGACUGUGGUGGAGUCUCCAACACAAACGCUCAGGAUCAGCUACAGGGAGAGAAAGAAAAGAAGCUAAGGAGGGCAUAUGAUAACUCUGGUGCUGAAGGGAGGGUCAAAGCCAAAAAAGCAUCUAGUGAUGAUAAGCGAAUAAAAAAGAGAAAGCAUUCUUCUUCUGGUUCAUAUAGCUCAGAUACUUCAGACUCCCAGUCCUAUUCCUCAGACAGUGGCUCUGAGUCAGAAUCAUACUCGCCAUCAUCAAUGGAUACUAGUUCAUCCACCGAUCAUAGGCGUAAGAGAAGAAAGGGGUCCAAGAAGGAUAAACGCAAGCCCACAAAGAGGAAGGGUAAACAUACAAAGAGUAAGAGAAAGAGUAGAGGAUCCAAAAGGAGAUCUAGACGGAGCUAUGGGAGUUCAAGUGAUGAUUCAAAAAGCUCAAAGACAGGUAACAGCAGCUCUGACAGUGAAACUGUGGGCCAUCGUACCAAGCGUUCCUUGUGGAAAGAUAAAGAGAAUACCAAAACGACAAAGUCGGAGCAAGGUAGAACUUUUGAAGAUGUGGACAAAGGCAAACAGAUGGUUACUACUGGCAACCGAUCACAUGAUGGAAGUAAACCCUCAAGCAAAGAUGAAAAUGGGGCUGAUGACAGAUCUGGAAAUCAAAAUUCAGAAGAUAGGAAUGAUCCAGGUGCAAGCUCCAGGAUCAACCCCAUCCAGGCUGAUGUAAAUUUAACAAAGCCAGGAAAGGGAGAUGGCGGCAGGGACGCUGAUACUGCAGAGGUUGGCAUGUCUAGAACUGGUACAGAAAGGAACCUACAAAGCAAUGAACGUUUGGCCGCCAAUGGUAAAGAUGUAGCGGUGGGCUCUGCAGACAAUGGACAGCCUCAACGCAUCAGAAAAGGGCGUGGUUUUACAGAAGAGUAUGCAUAUGCACGUCGAUACAUGACGCCAUCUCCGGAGCGUCCCCCUGUUCGGCCCCACUAUGAUGGAAGAAGGAAUGACAGAUGGAAUAAUUUUAAUAGGUAUGGAAGAAAUGGUCCAUACAGUGGACGCUCGCCAGUAAGGAGAUAUUGUGGCUCCCCAAGAGCCAGUAGCCCAUCCAGGUACCCAAGGAGAGGCCGAAGCAGAUCACGCAGUCCGAUGAGACGCCGUGACCGUGGAGGGUAUCGCCGCCCCAGCCCAAGACACAACUUCAGCCGCGCAGAACAACCUAGACGGGAUGUAAGCAACAGGCCUCGAUCAGGCCGUGAUGGAGGCGGCCCUGACCUCCGUGUCAGCAGCCCCAACCCCAACGCCAAUAGAGGAAGAUCGAGGUCCAGGUCGAAGAGUCGCGACCCCUCGAGAUCCCGAUCUCCCGAUGCUGCCCCAGCCAAGAGGGGGAGCUCAAAAUACAACCGUAGGCGCAGCAGCAGCUCAAGGUCCAGCAGCCCUGAUGGGAACAAAGGCCUGGUUUCGUACUGAGAUAGGAUGAUUCCAAAUUUUCAGGUGCUGAGAACUGUUUUGUGCUAGUUUAGUAUUCUGUUCUCUGCUCUGUAGCACGGCGCCGGUAUAAUUUGCAGAAUCAUGUAGUUGUACGCUUUUGUAGUGGCUGUUGAACUUACAUUGCUUUUUAUGUAGUACGUUUGGAUGGCCAGUUUGUGACUUCAUAAUGUUUGGUACAACAGAUAUUUACUGCGGAAUUAAGUUGAUACAAUAUUGGAGAUUUA